GCGAUAUCUUUGUUGUAACCGAUCAAGAAAUAGGUAUCCGGUGGCACGAUUCCUGUGCGUAGCUUGGAGCAGAGUAAAAAAAGAAUCGGAGCAAGGAGGAGUCGUGCGCGAAACGAGCGAGUCGGAUCGUUUGUUUACUCGUGGAACGCGGCGCGUUGCCGAAGAAAUACGACAGGUCUCGAGGCGGAGAGGAGGGUAGAAAAAGGGUAGGUGAAAAACAAAGGAAAAAAGAGAAAGAGGAGGAGGAAGAAGAAGAAGAAGAAGAAAGAAAAGGAAGGAGAGGAGAGGAAAGAAGUCCAAGGCCCCCAUCGAAUGGUUGAAUUGGCACGGUUGAAGCGUAGGUAUAGCUGGUUCGACGGAGCCGCUCGCGUACGAGCCGAAGUGCGCGCGCAGCCACGCUAGGAUCAGUCGUACGGUAGUCGUGAGAGGGCAGGCGCCCCCUCCGCAUCUCUCCUCGUCUGGUCUGGGCCGCAGAGCGGCGCACCGUGUGUCGAGCCGAGCCGAGCCGAGCCGAGUCGGUCAAUACUCCGGGCAACGCGGUGGUGAGAGCACACGACCACGGUCGCCCCGUACUCGUGCACGCCGUCACUCGGAAGCGGCGACUCUCUCUCUCUCUCCUCUCUCCUCGCGCUAUCGGGAUUCGUGUCGUCUUUCCACCGAUAAUCGAACGCGUAAUCUUGGUGGCGAGCGUGGAUCCGGAAGGGACGCCAGCCGGAGGACCGGCCGCCGAUCUAUUCUCGCCGUGAUCUACCUCCUCGCCAAACGGACGCUGAUGAUACGUACACGCGCGCACACACAGGCGUAACGCAGGCACGCAGAGAGGAGGACACGCGUGGCAGCCGAACGCAUCCCAUCGCAUCUCGUCCCAUCCUUGUUUCCCAACGUGUAUACGCGGUGCCCAGUUGGCAGCGUUCUUCUUCUAGCCGAGAAACGCAGCAACGAUGCCACGAGCCUGCUUCGUCCAGUACGGUUCGUAAGGAAGGACGCUGGUGACACGGGUCCCGGGUGUUCCGUGAUCAACUUUCCCGCUUGUGAAAUUAUCGCGGACAGUGAUACGUUCUGUGCGACGAAUCGCGAAAUAAUCGAGGGCGAAUCUCCACGUAUCGGCCGACCAACGACACUCAACUAUGAAUCCUGGAGCGUGAUGGACAAGCUCGCGUACACGACCACGACCAACUUGCGGCUACGCCUCGCCGGCAUGCUCAUGGAUAUGUGGAUAUUCUUCCUGUUCGUCGCCAUUGCCGACGUGGCGGCCUCGGUGGAGGUUCACUUCGAGAACAAAGAUGGCGGAUUUUUCCUGAAGCACAUACCGAGGCAAUACUAUCCCGUGAGAGGGGAUUCCAUCUCGGCGAUAUCUCCAUCUACGGGGACGUUAUCGAACGGGGUCCCAUCGCCUGCGCCUGGCUCCGUCCUCUCGAUAGACAAAUUCACCGUGUUUCAGACGAGCGAGCCGGUGUCCGUGCGGGCGACUUACGGCCCAUUUAGCACGAAGCAAACCGUGCCCGCCCGUUACAUCGUGCCGGAUCCAUUGGACGCGCUGCCCGGCCCGGAAACGAGGCGGAAUCUGACGGCUGCGACGAUUCUGGACGCGCAGGAGUUGGGCGCCCGCCACCUGGACAUGUCCGCCCAUCUGGUCGGGAACAGCGUGCCCCGCGACUCGCCCGUGCUUAGAGUACUGUUCCACGCCGGAAGCGAGGCAGGCGGAAGGCGCCAGUUGCUUCUUGCCCGCCAUCAGAGAGUGUGCGUGGUUCUUCACGCGAGCCUGGCCACCCCGUCUAGGACCACCGUCAAUAGAAACAGCGGAAGAGCUUACUCCUCUUCGUCUUCCCCAUCCUCCUCCUCCUCCUCCUCCUCCUCCUCCGCUUCCUCUUUCUCGAGUUCGUCGUCCACUUCCGCUCUAACGGCAGCCUGCAGCCCGGACGGGGAGAACGGAGUUUGCUUGGCGCAGAUCACGAUACCUGCCGAUUGGUGGGCACCGUUACCACCACCGGACGCUUCCGGCCGGGUCAAGGUCGCCAAGAGCCUGCCCAGGCUCGUGCAGGUCGCCUACUCCGUGCUCGAGCCACGGACGGAGGAGGCAGGCUCGGCCGACAACGGGGCAGCCUUCUGCAGGCCGAGGGUCCAGAUUCAACCCGUCACGCCGCUCGGUCAGGUGCCCCUCGCUCCGAACCGGGCCGAUUACAAGGAGCUCAAGGCCGACGAUUCGCUCACACUUCUGGUACCGCACGGCCCCCUCUAUCCGAGGUCCCGCUUGCACGUCCCGGCGUUCCUUCAUCCGUCCAAGACCACCGACCCGAGGCAGGAAAGGGCGCCGCUCGUCAUCGCAGUAUACCUUAGGGCCAGAGUGAAAUCCGGCGUGAAAAUCUUGGACGCAUCGUCCAGCAACCCGGACUGGAUCGUCGACAGCAAGAUCAACGCGAAGAACACGAUCGCUACGUUCACCGCUAGGCGAAAGGAGAAUGCCUCCCGAUUACCAAGCGCAUCGGCGGAGGAGAUCCUGACGAUGCUUCUGGAGGCGAGCGAGGAGGGGAUGGAGGGGAAUUGGGACGGUGGUCGGAUCGUGUGGAGCGUGCGUUACGCUUUCGACAACGGGUCCCAGUUGAACGGGAUGGAUCAGCUGCAGCAGAGGCUGCAGCAGAGACAGAUGCAGCAGCAUCAUCAUCAUCAUCACGCCGAGAGGCGGAAGCUCCAGGUUCGUCUCGAGAUACAGAAGGACGACAUACAGGCUGUCCUUCCUAUAUCUAAGAACUGGGAGGUGAUGAACACGGCGGUGUUGACCGGUCGGCAAGUAUCGCAGGGGAUGAAGGUGUUUAUCGUGAGCCAAGCGGGAACCGUGGCCGACGUCACCCUGCAAUCCUCCUGCCACUCGGAGGACGAGAGUGUGCUCAAGGUAUCGUCCUCUUGUAGCAGCGUGUACGUGGACGGGACGGAGAUACGAGGUUCGAGCAACGCUUCGGUCCUCGUCAAAUACGGCACGUACACGGGCCUGGCUAAAUUCACAGUUUGGAUGCCGGAAUUUCCUUUGGAGAUGACCGUGGGAGAUACGAGAUUGAGCCAGAUCAAAGGGUGGAAAGUGGCCGAGGAGCACGUAGCGGGGACGAAAAGCAAGCGCAGUUUGAACUCUACGCUCUCGCGAUCGAGCGAGCCGAGGACGAGAAAGAGGAGUGCCGCGGAAUUGGAGGACACCUCGAUGGAUAUCGAGGACGCGGACGUGAUCCUGGAGGAGGACGAGCAGGAAGAGAGAUUUCGCGGGAACGAUAACUGGGACGCUAUUAACUCCAUCGAUAGGGGGCCGUCGACCAAUUGUAGGCUCCGUUUCCAGCAGAGCCCGGUCGAGGUGCACGCGAGAUUCCUGGCCACCGACCACGAUUCCGGCAGGGUCUCCUAUUUCGUGAAUCGUCGAACUUGGCUACGAGUGACGGAUCUGGUGAACGGGAUGCUCCGCGUUUCGGAUCCAAGGAUCGCCGAUCUGUUGCAAGGAAGGAUCGUCCAGGGUCGUGGGGUGGGGAGAACGGAAGUGCAGGUUCUUUCCCCGAUCACGAGCAAAGUGAUCGGCGCGAAGGAGGUACGAGUGGGCAACGAUCGAGUGGCGAUCACCAGGUUGUCCGUCAGGGUGGUAUCCGGCUUACAACUGACCAUCAGCCCCGAUACCGCUAUAGAGAAUGGAUACGUGGCGGAAACGUCGGUCACGAGAAAGUUGACCGCUCAAUAUCAGGAGGGUCUGUUGGAUAUAGACGUGGAAUUCUCGGACGGUACGAGAACACCGCUGAGAGAGAUCGCCGUCAACGACUAUCAUUUGUUGGUGGAGAGUUUAGAUCCGGAAGUGGUGGCGUUCGCCCCGAUGGUGGCCUCCCAUCAUCCGCGAGUGAUCGCAGUGGGCGAGGGACGGGGCGAUUUGUUACGAGUCAGUCUUCAACUGGCGGAUGCCUGCCGUCUGACCGGCAGGAGGUCUGGGAAAGGGUCUCAAAGGGCGACCGCCGCCACCCUUGCCACCGCUUCCGCCAACGUCGAGGUGGACUUUGCCUCGAGCGAUCUUCCCAACCGACCCGAAUUCGUGCAGAACGACGGAGGUGGAACGGUCGGCUCCCAUCAUCACAGGGAGAGGAAGACAAGCAGGGGAGAGAUGGCGCCCGAUUUGCACGACAUCUUAAUCGGGCUACCGCUGAAAGACGAGAACGGGCACGAGCACGAGCACAAGCACGAGCACGAACCUUUGGUGCAGGCACGGCAGCACCGCACCGCUAUAGCUAAUGGCAUGUCUUCAGGAGGUAUGGGCGGCGUCGGGAUACGGCACCACGGAGGGGCGCGUAUGAGUCCGCUCGAGAUCGGGAUGUACGUCCUUCUCGCGGCCUUCUGUUUCGCCAUCGUCGUCUUCGUCGUUUCCUGCGUGGUCUACGCGAGCAAGUUCAAGCCCCAACCGCCGGAUUCCCCGUUAGCCGGCUCCGCGCUUCCCGUUCUAUCCGGAGCAGCGAGGGCAAGAGCUGCGGCCAACCAGUUGGCGUCCGGGAGAAGACCUCCCAGAGAGUCUACAACGAACGCGCACGAUUGGGUAUGGCUGGGGAGAGCCACCCUCGAGAGGGCCGCCUGCGGGCCGCAACAGGUAAGAGUGACCAGCAAUCCUCUGGCUGGUGAAAACGAGGGAGAAGGAGGUGAACUGGCCACUUGCUUCGACAAUCCGAACCAUAUCGAGCUACCGUCGGCUGGGCAGCGUAGCAACGGAUCGAAUGGGCCGAUCGAUACGACCACUUACUGCAAGAGAGACAAGAUGCCGCGAAACAGUUUCGUUGCGAAACAAAUGUCGAAGCCGUCCACGGUUGUGUCCGCUACCACGAUCCCUACUCCACCAUCCAUGCUCACGUCCACCGUCACUUCCGCGCGGAAUGACAACGACGAUAUACCGCCACCCCUACCGCCACACGGGAUACCCGUGACCGCCGCAGCAAUGGGUCCAACGACGACGACGACGACGGCGGCGGCGGCGGCGGCGGCGGCGGCGGUGCAAGGUGGCCCUGUCGGCGCGACGACGGCCAACAACAACGGGAACGAGGAUUACAAGCCGCCCGUGCCGCCGCACAGGAACACAGGCGUGAUCGUGCGGGUACCGGAAACGCCGAGGAAACACCGGCACAGGGCAUCGAGCGGGAGCGCGGGCGUGAACCAGCAACACGGGAACAACAAUCAACGGCACAGCAAGCAGAUUCAUCAUAUGAAGCCGCAUGGUAAAGCUAGAGUUGGUAGCCCGAAAGAAAAGGACGCGGAGGAAGAGGAGUUCGUGGAGCUUGCGAAUCACGACGACAACAGGCACGUUACGAAGGACGUGAGGGGAAGGGAGGUGAAGAGGGCGACGAUCGUCGGUAAUCCAAUGUUCUCCUCGUUCUCGACGAACGCGGUCGCCUCCUCGAUGAACGUGUCUACCCCGACCGUGGUCUCGUCGUCCUCGUCACCGCCUAACUCCUCUCCGUCCUCCUCCGCCGCCUCCUCCUCCUCCUCGUCCUCCUCCUCGUCCUCCUCCUCCUCCUCCUCCUCCUCCUCGUCCGCGUCCUUGUCCCACGAGCAAGAGGAAUCGGUUGCACUGGACGACCUGAACCUGGGCAUGGACUACAACCAGAUCAUGCAGUACUUCGACAAUUUGAAAGAGUCGAACGCCUAGGUAAAGGCGUUCGGCCUCGAAGAAGGCCGAGUAGUCAAGAUCGAUACGAAACCCCGGAUCCAUCGUUGAGAAUGGAUUGGAGAGGAGAGGCAUCCGGGCCCGGCCUCGUUCUCCGCUUCCUCUCUCGCCGCGUAGCACCGUUUUCGCAAUGGAGAACCACGGUGGCCGGGCUUGGGCCACCGCGCUUUCGAAACGACGCUCCGGACGUUUCGUAUUCUAUAGGCUAUAAUCUAGUCAGCUUCCUAGCAGCACAUCAAGAAUAUCGCGCAAAAAACGCAUCGACACGCGAGCCACACAGAGACAUACGAAUACACGAAUACAUGCGAAUACACGGGAAAGGAAUAUCGAAGAGAGAGAGAGAGAGAGAGGGAGAGAGGGAGGGAGAGAGAGAGAGAGAGACGCGAGAGCGCAAGCUAUAAGAGGCGCGUGUUCAGUGCGAGUAAUCGAGUAAUAAUACGUAAAGGUAAUACGCAACGUUGGACAUACGACGUUCUCAUACAUACACACAUACAUACACACACACACGUGUAUACACACGCAGAGGCUUUAAAAAAGAAAAAAAAGGUGUGAUGACCGGUGGCAGGGGUAGGAUAGGUAGAUCGCGCGCUCGAUUCGACCAGCUUUCUUUCUCUUUCCUCGACGAUCGAUCGAUCGAUCGACCGCCGAUCCUCGCUUCCGCCUCCGUGCGCUAUCGAUAUAUAUGUAUCGAUAUAGCCCUUUCCUCGCGGCAAUCGAACGAAGGCUGCCACGUUCCUGCCAUGCGACGGGGCAUUCGCGAAAAAGUGGCCGGACAAAAACCCGGGCUCUUUUGUCUCGAGAUCGAUCCUUUCUGGCCUCAACCACCAAUAUAUAUAUAUAUAUAUAUACCUCGUCCUUUUUUAUUCGUAUUUCCGCGGCUUUUAUGUUCAUCCGCGCUCCGUCUAUCCGUCUAUCCGUCGGUUCCUAACAAAAAAAAAGAUAAAAACUGUUUUUCUCUCGAAAACUUCUCUCGUUUUCACUCGCUUUAUCGUAUUAUUUUUAAACAAUCGCUCGCUCACUCGAGUCUUCCCGACCGUAAAUUAUCCACCAGUCGAGUGGAGACCGUUAUAAGAUCGAUAUCGAGACGAACCGAUGCCGGAAACAGGGCCGAUUUACUUUUCCAAUUUUCGCCGGAGGGAGAAAAAGAAAAAUAAUAACGUAAUAAUAUUUAUUCGAUCGUCCGUACGUCGUGAUGUUUGUAAAUUUCUUGCUUCGUAAGACUGUGUACAUAUAUAUGUUAUAUAUAUAUAUACAUAUAUAUAUAUAUAUAUAAAACGCGAUCUGAACGCAUGUUAAUUAUGGAUUGUAAACAACAGAUUUACAAGAUCGCAAAUUUGUAUGGCAUAUUACUUCGUAGAGCAAACUAAUCGGCGCGUCUUUAAAAACCGCUUCGAAUAAAGACGGAAACGCGAUAAAAAAAGGGCCGCGUGCACCUUUCUAUCCAUUCGUAAAGCGUUUCCCCCCCUCUACUACUUUUAAUCUUUUUCGUUUUGUACGAACACUUUUCCAACAAUAAUCACUUUUCCAAUCACUAAGUAGUAUCAAAUUCACCUUUUAUCCGCUAUCAUAUGUUCUUUACACACACGUGUAUAUAUAUAUAUAUACGUAUGUAUAUAUACAUAUGUAUGUAUAUAUACAUAUAUAAACAUAUCUGGAAAAAAAAAAAAAAGAAAAAGAAAAAGAAAAAAAAAACACGAAGGAAAAAAGAGAGUUUCGUUGGAACUAAGAAACAAGAAAUCUUUAUAUUGCGAUUCGUCGCGACUAUUGACUUAUAAAUUAUUAUAUCUAAUCGAGCUGCGAAGUGGGAAACGCUAAUUUCCUUAGAGACGAACUCGAAUUGCGGCCCAACACGAUACAAUUAUCGCUUUUAAUUAUUACACCAUCCGCCCCCCAUCGAUUGGAUUCCGCAAUUGUGUCCGCGUACGUGGCAUCGAUCGCGAGUGAUCGUUUUAAACGUUUCGCGAGUCGGUGCACGUGCUUCCUCGCGCGAAUGCAAGCGCGAUCGCAUCUGUGCCAUCGUUAGUUAGAGACGCGUUUUCGUUCAUGUUCGUCUAUACACAUAUAUAUAUAUAUAUGUAUACAUACACAUAAACACAGACACACAUACACACACACCUGUAUACUUGAGAGAAAGAGAGACUGGACAGACGAGUAUGUGUGUGUGAGAGAGAGAGAGAGAGAGAAAGAGAGGAGAGAAUGCAUUAGGGAGAUAUGCAAAAUACACGCACACCUUAUAGCCUUCGUUCUUCCGCACCGAUUUGAUUUCUUCUUGCGAAUCCAAUCGUACGUCUCCUUCUUCCCUGCGAUCACGUACGUAUUUACAUAAGUCGGAGCAAACGUACGUAAAUAUUUUCUAUCCGUUUAAUAUCCGCCGAAAGAAAUUCUUCUUUCUUUCGAGAAGAAAUCCGAAUUUAAAGUCUUUGUUCAAGAUCGAUAGAAUUGAUUUUCCUUUUUUUCUUCCCUCCCCCUCCUCUCUUUUGAAUUGUGUAAAAUGUGUAAAAGAGGAUCGAACGAUUAGAUAAUCGAAUCGAUCAGAUGACGCAGGGAUACGAUACGUAGAGAAAUCCACGAAACUCUAAAGGAUCACUUUAUCUUAUAUCUAGGCAUCUAAGGACUACGUGUCUAAGUAUGUAUGUAUCUGUAAGUUGUGUGUUAGCAUGUCAAGCGUGGGAUAUAGUGAUGUAAUGCCGUUGAACAGAAUGAGAAAAGAGAAAAGGCGCUCGAGUCGGCGUCUAGAGCGUCGAGGCGCUUAAUCAACGUGUGGGCCAUGCAUGCAUGUUAACCCUUUGCGUUAAAUUAGUCGAUAAGUGAGAUUGAUCUUUUAUUUAAAUCGCACCUUUAGAUAUUAAAUUCGAAUUUAAAUUUACAUUCCUUUAUCUUCAAACAAUUCGACAAUUUCGAAUUGAGAAUCCUUUGGAUCUCAAUUGAGGAGGAUAUACAGCAAAGGGUUAAAGGAUGCUGCAGACAACGUAACGAUACCCCGCCGAAAAAAAUCUAGUCUUAUAGCGUAACUAAUGCAUUAAUUAUUAAAUAUUAAUAAUAAACGCGAAACAUCGGCGAUCUACAUUGCCUUUCGCCCGACUACUACACGUAUCCUCGAAUCGUCUGGCGGGGUGAAGUGGUGGCGCCGUAUUCGCAGCUCUGCCCGUGGCCAUUCUUUCCCUUUUCCCUCGAGGAGCAUCUAGAAGACGACUCCUCGCCCAUCCGAGAUGGCGGGACGUUAAACGAAUCAAUCAUAUCGAGUACCGUGAGUGAGAGACGCGCUAAUUACUCCUUAAUUAAUCAUACGCCAGGGAAUCCCGUCCUCGUCGGGCGGAGUCGAAAAGUAGGACGAGGAAUCCCACGCAGAGCCGGAAAUAAAUAGUAUUUACGAUAGAAAAUAGUGGAGGAGCUUGCGGAGCUUGUUUCGCGCGAAACGAACGCUGUUUAAUGUUCGCUUAUCGCGAUGUUAAAAAAGAGAAAGAAAGAAAGAAAGAAAGAGAGAAAGAAAAUAAGCGAAACCGCCCCCGAUUCGCCAUUACACUAUCAACGUACAAACGAUCUUACAGUUACUAUUUUUUACUUAGAAUACUAUUUCCUCCAGCUCUGGCUACGGCCAAAACAUUGUAUAUACACGCGCAACUCCUUAUUUUUCUCGUUGAAAAAUCGCAAAAAAAAAAAAAAAAAAGAAGAAGAAGAAAGAAAGAAAAAAAGAAAGAAAGAAAAAUAAUAAUAAUAAUAAUAAUAAUAAAAUUAAGAGAUACGACGACGUUCCUUGGUUCGCUUUCUACAGCUUUAUCCGUUUCGUUCGUUCGAUCGUUUUUGGAAUGCCUCUCGCGAUCGUUUCAAUCAUGAUCGUGAAUUGGUGGAUAUAAAAUUAUAUGAAAGCAUGAAAGCAUUUUGCAAUUUAUAGCGCCGAAUUUUAUAAUAAUAAUACUCUCUCGAGGAGCUUUGUUUAAAACAAAAUUCGCUGAUCCUCGAGACGAAAGCAAUCGCAGGGGAUUGCCCUGUUUAAAUCGAAACUGCCGGUCUCUCUUUUCUCCUUUUUUUAUUUUUGAUAAGUUCCCAUCGAUCAGGGAGGAUUAUAUUAUAAAUAUAUAAAUAUAUAUAUAUAUAUAUUUUAUAUUAUAAAUAUAUAAUAUAUAUAUAUACAUAUUAUAUAUAUAUAUAUUAUAUAUAUAUAUAUACAUAUAUUGUAAUAGAAUAUCGUCGCAAUGCUGACUCUGCAUUCACACACAUUCCUCAGACAUGAUGUCGCUGUAUCUACGUUAAGUGUGAUAAAUGCGGAUAAAAUAGAAUACGAAUGACGAGGCGUCGACGGCAAUGACGGCGACGGCGACGGCGAAAAAGACACGACGAAGAUGGCGAUGACGAUCGCAUCCACGACGACAAUUCCAAAUAAUCGACGAUGCUGUUGCGAAUCACUAUCUUCUCGCUGAUCUCUCUAUUUAUUAUUCUUCUAGCUGGCAUGGAUUUAUCCGUAAAAUGCGAUAGGAAGUUUGUACUUAUCGAUUUCUGUAUUUAUUGUAAAGUCUGUAUUUAUUGUAUUACAAAAAUGAUUAUCCUUAUUCUAUCACGAUCAUAAUCAUCGUUGCUGUUAUUGUUAUUGUUAUUGAGAUUGUUGUUGUUGCUGCUAUUGUUGUUACCGCUGUUUUCGAUGUAUUUCGCCUCGUCGUUGGGGUUGCCGUCGUGGUGAACGUCGCCAUCGCCAUCGGUAUCGGCGUAAUAAACGAUACGCUAAUUAAACAAUAAGAUACGACUAUCGCCUACUCAAUGUACAAUAUGUAGUAUUUACCUGUUGUUACCACCAAACCGUCAUCAAAGAUAUAUAAAAUAUUGUAAUUGUAA